AUGAGCCCAACCCAGCAUGGGAUGGUAUUUGUUACUGAAGAUGGUGCCGAAACUGAUUUGGAUCUUGUGCAUUAUGAGCGUUUUACUGGAAAUAAAGCAACUAAAGACACAAUAUUACAACUGGUCAUUCCUCAUGUGACGGAUUUAAUCAAGUCAUUUAUUUUUAAUGGUACGGAAGACUUAGAUUUUGUGAUAUGUAAAAUUGGUAAGACUGUAGGUGAUAUUGAAAGUCAACCAAUUUUGCAAGUCAUACGCCAAAUUAGUUAUGUAAACUCGGAAAACAAAGAUUUAUUCUUAUUCACUUAA